CAGCUUCCAUUCCCCCAGAUACCUCAGUUGCCUCCUCGUCUGCCCCCGUUUGCCGGCACAGGCUGCAGUCUCUACCCGCCGGUCGCUGGUGGACCCGCGCGGCGGGGUCUGCCGGUCUCAGUCGCUGCUGUGCAUCCCUGUUGCCUGGUGCAGAGUAGGGGCUGGGGAAGAGUGAAUGGCUCCCUCAAGGGGAAGUAUCUCUUCUCCGUGGGAGGGAAUUAGUCCCUCGUAGAGUAUGCUGAUAGCAACUAAUUUUGGGGUGUGGCAGAGGAGAAAAUAUUGAAUAGCCCAGUUUAAAACUUGCUGCAGUAUUUGUAUUUUGAAAGACUGGUUUAAGAGGUUCAGUUCAGAAUUCCAUUUUUAGGAUUUAGUAGGUUCCAGACCCUGUACAACUUGCUGGGAACAGAGAGAUGAAUAAAACUGCAUCCCCUACUGUUGAGAGUUUGUGGUCUGAUGGGAGAGACUCGUUAAGGGAAAUUGUAUCUGUGACAAGUGGAAGAAUUGAAGUUUGCUUCGGGUGCUCUGUACUGGAUAGCAACCAAAACCAGGCAGUGACUGGAGAGACGUUGACCCCAGAAAACAAUAGCACUGGGGAGUUCCCUGUUUUUAAUGCCUUAUGUGACAGAGGCUGAUCUUGGAAAGAGGACAGCUACAGAGAAGGCAUCCAGAUUUUUUAUGUAUAAGUUAUUUUACCUGUACUUACCUGCAGAGGAGAUACCAUGAUCACGAAGAUAGUUUUCCCAGGGCACCCCCAUAAACAAUGGCACUUGUAUCUGCUGAUUCCAGAAUUGCAGAACUUCUCACAGAGCUCCAUCAGCUGAUCAAACAAACCCAGGAAGAGCGUUCACGGAGCGAACACAACUUAGUCAACAUCCAGAAGACCCACGAGCGGAUGCAGACAGAGAACAAGAUCUCUCCCUAUUAUCGGACAAAGCUGCGUGGCCUGUAUACAACUGCCAAGGCCGAUGCAGAGGCCGAGUGCAACAUCCUCCGGAAGGCCCUAGAUAAGAUCGCGGAAAUCAAGUCUCUGUUGGAAGAGCGGCGGAUCGCGGCCAAGAUCGCAGGCCUGUACAAUGACUCGGAGCCCCCUCGGAAGACCAUGCGCCGGGGGGUGCUGAUGACCCUGCUGCAGCAGUCAGCCAUGACCCUGCCCCUAUGGAUCGGGAAGCCUGGUGACAAGCCCCCGCCUCUGUGUGGGGCCAUUCCAGCCUCUGGGGACUACGUGGCCAAACCCGGGGACAAGGUGGCUGCCCGGGUGAAGGCUGUAGAUGGGGAUGAGCAGUGGAUCCUGGCCGAGGUGGUCAGUUACAGCCAUGCCACCAACAAGUAUGAGGUAGAUGACAUUGAUGAAGAAGGCAAAGAGAGACACACCCUGAGCCGGCGGCGCAUCAUCCCUCUGCCCCAGUGGAAGGCCAACCCUGAGACGGACCCUGAAGCCUUAUUCCAGAAGGAGCAGCUCGUGCUGGCCCUGUACCCCCAGACCACCUGCUUCUACCGUGCCCUGAUCCACACGCCUCCACAGCGGCCCCAGGAUGACUAUUCAGUCCUGUUUGAAGAUACCUCCUAUGCAGACGGCUACUCCCCCCCGCUCAAUGUGGCCCAGAGGUACGUGGUGGCGUGCAAGGAGCCCAAGAAAAAGUGAAGCACCUGGCAGACGAGAUCUCCUGCCACCGUCCGGGGGGAAUGCAACAGACUGUGUGAGCCAAUAAAUAUUCUGCCCUUCACCCUUGUCUCCUGAGUUUUAUUUUUCCAGAC